GAACCAGUGCCAUCCAUUAUUGACGGAUCUACUCAUAUUCUACAACACACAUCAUGUCUGGCCAACCCACAAUCCGUCUCGCGACGCCUGAGGACGUCCCCAUCAUUCUCCAGUUUAUCCGGGAACUCGCAGACUACGAGAAAGCUCUCCACGAAGUCGAGGCAACCGAGGAGUCUCUCCUGGCGACUCUGUCAUUUCCCGACUCGACCCCCAAGCGUGGCGCUGUCUACACGGCGCUCGUCAUCCCUCCCGCGACCGCAGAAGAGCCCAGCCCGCGACCCGUGGGCAUGGCCCUAUUCUUCUACAACUACUCCACCUGGCGCUCCGCUCCGGGCAUCUACCUGGAGGACUUAUAUGUGCAGCCUAGCGCGCGAGGCAACGGAUACGGCUUCAAGCUACUCAAGUACCUGGCGGCCAAGGUUCUGGAAGUCAACGGCAGACGGCUCGAAUGGAGCGUCUUGAAGUGGAAUGAGCCCAGCAUCAAGUUCUACGAGCAGGUGGGCGCCAAAGCGAUGGAUGAGUGGACGAAGAUGAUGAUGGAAGGACCUGCUCUGAACAAGCUUGCUGAAGGAAUCUGAUUGCGCAAUUGACUUCAUUAAGCGUGAACCGAAGGUGGUCCUUAAAGCGGAGCAGGAAGGACUGGACUUCCAUACGCCUUGGCGGUGG